AAGAAGAACGAACUAAAGUAGAAUAGUCUUCUUUUUCUUUGUUCCCUAUUCAUCCUCUUCAUAUUCUCCCUUCUAUUUUCUCUCUCUAGGGUUUCAAUUAUCUCCCAUAGCUUUAUCUCUUUCUCUACUUAUCAUCUAUCUUUCUCUGUUUUGUUCGGAUUAUCGAUCGGAGUUGCUUUAUUUGAUUCUAAGUUAAGCAGUAAAUUUCAUGGAGGCUGCAAGUAUGGAGGAACGCAAGAAAUUGGAGGAAUCGAAAUUAACUUCGGCGGCUGCUUUUGUGGAAGGUGGCAUUCAGGAUGCGUGUGAUGAUGCUUGCAGUAUCUGCCUUGAGGAGUUUUGUGAUAGCGAUCCUUCCACGGUGACAGGGUGUAAGCACGAGUUUCAUCUUCAGUGUAUUCUCGAAUGGUGCCAAAGGAGUUCUCAGUGCCCAAUGUGUUGGCAGCCUAUUAUUUUGAAGGACCCAACAAGCCAAGAACUCUUGGAUGGUGUAGUACAAGAGAGAAAUGCCAGUCAUAACCAACCGAGAAAUGCUGCCAUAUUUCACCAUCCAGCAUUGGGAAAUUUUGAGAUACAACAUUUGCCAGUUGGUGUAAAUGAUGCUGAGCUGGAGGAGCGCAUAAUUCAGCACUUAGCUGCUGCUGCUGCAAUGGGCCGAUCACGCCAUUUUUCUAGAAGAGAAGGCCACAGGGGCAGAUCAUCAGCUCAAGCUCGUCCUAAUUUUCUGGUUUUUUCUGCUCAUCCUAAUGCACAAGAUGGUGCUGUCUCUCUUUCUGAAGGAGAGCAAGCUGAAUCUCCAGCCAGCUCAAUCGAUACAUCUUCCUUGCUUAGAAUUGGGAGAGAAGUAUCCCCCCGUAUAUCUGUACCAAAUUAUUCAGCUCAUGCUGAUACACUUUCUGCCUCUGGAACUAGUGCCUUUAGUGCUGGACAUGCUUCUCCAUCCAACAGUGGGAGGUCUCCAAAUCAAUCUUCUCCCAGAUGUCAAGAUAGAGCAGGUCCAUCUAAUCUCCAGUCAUUUUCAGAAGCUUUGAAAUCUCGCCUUAAUGCAAUGUCUACGAGGUAUAAGGAGUCUAUAUCUAAGAGCACCAGGGGGUGGAAGGAAAGAUGGUUUUCCCGCAACUCUCCUAUGUCUGAUAUCGGAUCUGAUGUAAGAAGAGAGGUAAAUGUUGGAAUAGAUACCGUGUCCCGUAUGAUGGAGCAUAUGCAAACGAGGGACAAUGGGAGACCCAGCGGUGACACUGAGCCUGACGUUUCUGAGAUCAGUCAAGCUCGUGAGCCUGUUACUCAACAUGGGGUGGACGGUGUUGUGUUGUCUGGAGAUGACAACAGGACGCAAGCACCAUGUGCUGCACACUCGGGUUCUGACUGAGUAUAUAGUUGGGCAUUGCAUCAACUCAUAGCGUUUAAUGUUGAAGGGUUUCAUGUUUAUUACUAUGCACAUCCAUCUUAUUAUAGUCACUCGAAGACACAGAGCAGAGCUUGAAUACUAGUAUAGACCCGAGCCUAGAUUCCCCUAGAGUAGACAAGGGUUUACUUUGAGGCACAUCACAAGUUCCUAUCAAAUCAAGGCUUGCAAAUUGUUCUCUAUUCAUUAGUGAAAACUUAAAGAGGUUAAACAAACAAUAGAAUCUGAUCUGACAUCUAAUAUGAUACUUGUAUGAUGUUUUAGAGGAAAUUAUACAAUUCUAUACUCUGUCGUUCCAAUAUUAUGUGGGGUUUUUGUAUUAAAUAUAAAAUAUUAAUAAAAGUAGUGUUUCAGGUAGGUACCUGGACCCGUUGCAAUUUGGGUGGAUGCUAUGAUUUUGAUGCUUUGGUCUCAUCAUAAAUAGCAGACUAGCAUUUCCAUACAUGGAAAAUAUGUUUUGUAAUUGUGUUCUCAACAGAUUAAUAUAAUAAACUCUCCUGGAGAUUCUUUCAUUCGAGCUUUGCUGAAAUAUGAUAUAGUAAAGUACGUGCCUGUAAAUUAUUUAAAUGUUUGUAUCUCACCACUUAAUUAUCAACCGCUUUUGGUUGGCCAUGCAUAUGGCAUUUAUGCCUAUUGAAGUUGAAUGUUUCACGCACCUUACAUAUUACUCCAAUGAUUUUGUUCUAUUUUACCGAUACAUAUAUUAAAGUCUUAAUAUAUCAAAUGAUGCAUAACUAAAAAUUAUAAAAAAUUAAUAUUAAUAAUCUUUGUAUUUAGACUAAUCAAAUGAAAUUCUAUUUGACUAUAUUUUAACUUAUAGAUUAAGAAUAAAGUACAAAUUAAGAGUGAACCGUGAAUAAUAUCAAAAAACUAAAUGUAACAAAAUCAUUGAAAUAGAGAUAGUAUUAUUCGAGAGAAAUUUUCAAGAGAUCAAUAAUUACUCAUUGUUUCAUGAGAUUAGUGGUUGACAAGGUGUAACACUAUGUUAGAAUAACAAUAAUGGAGAGAAAAAAGAGGGGGAAGCGAGGGAGAACCAAUUUG